AUGGCGUCUCUUCCAGGCUAUAGUACGAUUGGCAGGACGAGAUCCUCCGACGGCACCACCUCAAAUAAUAACAGCGCCUCCACCCUUGAGGGUACAUCAAGUCAACCCGAUCCGAUCGAAGACACCGAGACCGUUUUCCUGAAUAAAGGUGCCUCCACGCCGAGCAGCCUCGAGAAUCUGUCCGAUAUCACCGACAAAGCUACUAGCCGAUCUUCGACUCUACCAGACACAGUGCAGGAGGAACCACGAAAAUGUUGGAUUUGCUAUACCGACGAAACAGAAGACUCGCCACUUAAUCUGGAAUGGCGAUCACCUUGCCCAUGUGCUUUGACAGCGCACGAGGCAUGUUUGCUCGACUGGCUUGCGGAUAUGGAGAAUCCUCGUUCGCGGAAGCGGAACGGUCACACCAAAAUGCAGUGUCCCCAGUGCAAAUCUGAGAUCGUUGUCACUCGUCCACGGAGCUAUGUUGUUGAUACCUUGCGACUGAUGGAAAGAGUGGCGGGGCGGCUGGUCCUCCCGGGUAUGGUCUUCACAGUCGCGGGCACUGUCUGGGCAGGAUGCUGUGCCCACGGCGCGUAUUCAAUGCAGCUUGUCUUCGGUCCACAGGAAGCCAGGCACAUUAUCGAAGAUAGUUUGGAGGGUCCGUGGAACUCUGGACUCAACCUCGGCCUGCCUCUCAUCCCACUGGUCUUGAUAUUCUCGCGCACACGCUACGCCGAAGGUCUUCUCCCAGCCAUUCCCGUUCUAUUUUUUGCCGUACACAACCCAGGACACGAACCCGACUUUGAUAUCUGGCCGCCCACCCCGGCGAUGACCUUCGCGGCCUUGCCUUAUGUAAAAAGCUUCUAUGGCGCACUUUACGAUCGACUAUUCGGCGCCUUGGAGCGCAAAUGGAUCGCAGAGGUACAACCUCGUGCGGCAGAAGAGAUUCUAGAUGAUGCCCAACAGCAAGAUCAGGCGGAGGGACUAAAUCGAUUCGGUGACAACGUUAAUGGUCAAAUUCUCAUGGAGAUUGAUCUUGAAUUACAGGUAGGAAUGGGCAAUGACGACGAGCUUGCCGAUGCUCCAGCUCUUCCUGCCGCCGAAAACGAUGAUGGCGCUGACACAGGCGCUCAGGACGGACAAGCUCAAGGCCAGCCCGCAGGCCAGAACAACAAUCAAGGUCUGGGUCUAGGCCGAAGACAAAACGAGAUUAUUCACGACACCGGUAAUAUCGCCGACACUGUGCUUGGGGCUCUGGUUUUCCCAGCCAUCUCUGCCUCGGUGGGUGGUCUGUUGAAAUACGUUCUACCAAAAACAUGGACGACCCCAUCUUCGGUAUUGGAGCGCAGUCGACCUGGACUUCUUCAGACUCGCUGGGGACGCAGUGUCGUUGGUGGCUGUAUGUUUGUAUUACUCAAAGACGCACUCGUUCUAUAUUGCCGGUGGAAGUUGGCACAAACACACCGACGACGAAAGGUGUUGGAUUAUGAGCGGUCCAAGGCAAAAAAGCAGGGUACAAAUAAACGGUGA